GUUUGUUCGUGCCAUCACGGUAACUUAACUUAUUAAUUCAGUGACUGAGUCAGGAUUUUCACGAGUACAACUUAGUAUCUUGUGGCUUAAUAUGAAAAAUAAGCACGUAAAGGAGACAAAGGAGAUCUAACUUUUAACUUAUCUAAUACUACCCUUCAUGAAGAUUUUGGUAGUUUGCAUAUGCAUGUCUACUUUGUCUUGUUAGUGUCAGAGUAGUCAGUCACACCUCGACUAAUUACACAGGGUAUAUCUGUUACCUUUCACCGGCACAGGUACUAUUUAAUCUAUUUUCUAGCUUUCAAAGUAUAUAAUGCAAUUUGACCGUCCGUUCUCUAAGAAUUCAAGUUAUGAAGGGAGCCUUGGAGUAACUGGUACAGUUGCUGCCAUGUGACCAGGAGGUCACGGGUUCAAGCCUUUGAAACAGCCUCUGCCAGAAAUGCAAAGUAAGGUUGCGUACAAUACACCCUUGUGGUGGGGCCCUUCCCCAGACCCUGUGCAUAGCGGGAUCUUUAGUGCACCCGGAUGCCUUUUUUUCUAAGAAUUCAAGUUAUACAUAUCGAGAGUGUAUGUGUAAAGAUUUUUCAUACAAACCACGGCAACUUGUUAAUUUAGUGGCGAAGCCGGGAUGUUCACUAAGAGGCUCAAAAUUGGAAAAGUAAACACCAGAAGGAGUCUAAGGGGUUCGACAUGUACUAUAUAUGCUUAUUCUUGAUUCCAGGGUCUAUUGGAAGCAGCCUCUCUACGACUCAACCAUCAAAGGUAGGGGUAAGGCCUACGUAUAUGCUACCCUCUCUCCAAAUACCACUUGUGGGACUACACCGGGUAUUUUGUUAGCCUGAGAAUUUGAUGGGGAUCAAAGUCUUACUUGCAGCAUUACUGAUAUGGAAUUUGAGUACUUCUGCAUUUGGCUUCAAUGCAUCUGCAAAUAAUACGAUAAGGAUCGGAUUAAAGCGUAGAACUUUGGACUUUAAUAGCAUAAAGGCUGCAAGAAUAUAUGCUAAACAUCAUCAUCAUAGAGAUACAAAAAGGAAUUCUGGUCCUCUAAAAGAUGAAGUAGUUUACCUGAAGAACUAUAUGGAUGUCCAGUAUUUCGCUGAGAUUGGUAUCGGUUCACCACCUCAGUAUUUUGCUGUUGUUUUCGAUACUGGCAGUUCCAAUCUUUGGGUCCCUUCCUCGAAAUGCAUUUUCUCUAUCGGUUGUUAUCUUCGCUCCAGGUACAGAUCAAGGCUAUCGACUACAUACACGAAAAUUGGAAAACGUUGUAAAAUCCCUUUCGGAACUAGAUCAGUGCGCGGUUUGUUCAGCCAAGACAACGUUAAAGUUGGAAGUUCUGUCGUAAAUCAGCAGGUUUUCACUGAGGUAACGCGAGAAGGAUUUUUCACAUUCUUGCACGCGCGGUAUGAUGGUGUACUAGGACUCGGAUUUCAGGAUGUUGCUGCAGGACGAGUAACACCAGUAUGGUAUAACAUGUUGCUUCAGCGUAUAGUUACCCAGCCAAUCUUCUCGUUCUGGCUGAAUCGAGAUCCUAAAUCUAGGCUCGGGGGUGAAAUUCUCUUCGGAGGUGUGGAUUGUACUCACUUCAGAGGUCAGCAUACGUUUGUCCCCGUUGCUCAAAAUGGUUACUGGGAGAUUGAAAUAGGGGAUCUUUUUAUCGGAAACAAUUCAACAGGUCUUUGCAGAGGUGGCUGUCCAGCGAUUGUGGAUACUGGAACGUCUUUUCUUGCUGGUCCGACUACUAUUUUGACUCAAAUCAAUCAUGCUAUCGGAGCUGAAGGAUUUGUUAGUAUGGAAUGUAAAACUGUGUUCUCGAAUUAUGGGAAUCUGAUAUGGGAAAACUUAGUAUCUGGCAUGUGUGAGAAGCUUCCGAGUCCUCGAGGAAAAUCAUAUAUCAACUGUGACGUGUUUUCGCUGCCACAUAUCACCAUUACCAUUGGGAAUAAACCUUUCCCUCUUUCUCCAGAUCAAUAUGUUAUCAGAGUCGAAGACAACCACGGUGCUCACUGUCUUAGUGGAUUUACAGCUUUGGAUGUGCAUCCACGACGCCCACUCUGGGUUCUUGGAGAUGUAUUCUUGAGAGCAUACCACACUGUUUUUGACUUUGGUAAUCUUCAAGUUGGAUUUGCAGAAAGUGCUUAGAGAAUAUUUCAAGAGUUGUGACCAAAAACAUAUCAUAAAAUUGUUUGGUUUUGAAAGAUUGGUAAUUUGGAAGCACAAACUCUUAAAAGGCCCUUCCCCCGACCCUACGCAUAGCGAGAGCUUUAGUACACCGGUCUGCCCUUUUUUUUUUUAAACUCUUAGAAGGCAUUUGUUCUUGCUUUUUGGCUUUUUAGGAGUUAGAAUUAUGGAUAAAGAGGUUGUGUAUAAUAUGUGAUGCAUUUUAUAAUAAAGUAUAUGUUUUAUUUAUA